AUGCGAUUUGUGAUCUAUCGUCACGCUCCGUGGGUUAUUGAUGAUGAUGAGAAUGGAAACAAAGUCUUGAAAUAUUCCAGCAUGGAUUAACGGUUUUAUUCGAGAAAUUACGCCGUUUCUCACCUCGCAUCGAGUGGACCCACCAUAAUGGGCGAAAUCACUCUAGAUAGAGCACUCAGCCUGCUCUCAUCAGAGAAGCAGAAAGAGCGCACAGAUGGCUUGGCUGACCUCAAGCAUAUUCUACAGCAGAACAGACAGAGUUCCAAGUUGACCUCGUUAAACGACAAGGCCUGCCAUAGAUUAUUUGAAUCCAUCUUUCGGUUCGUAUCCGCAGAAAAAGCGUUGUUCAAUCGGGCGAGCUCGAAAGCAGCUCCUCGUCUAUCUACAGGUGCUUCUGUCCUUCGAACGGCAGUUGAUGUGCUCCUGCUUAAUUUGCGUACGAAGUCAAUUCGCGCCAUUGUUGAUCACAUCGCGGAGCUUCUGCUGGCUCCGAGGAACGGCCUCUGGGAGCUUUUGAGUCUGGAUUAUACAAAAUGCCUGUCUAAUCUCCUACAACACCGCCCGCAUGUUGAACAUCUAGGGACCGGCGAGUGGGAGAAAUUGAUGGACUUCUGUCUCAGGGUAAUUCAUGGCGAAGAUGACGAUGGGAGCCAAUCGAGCACUCGUCGUGAUCGUCUCUCUACUCUGGAUGAGUACCUGGGGACUCCCAGUGCUAGUCCGGCACAAUCGAGGAGAACGCCCGCACUUACAGUCAGGGAGAAGACACACGGUGACAGGAGGGCCUCGGGGGAAGCCGUGGUAUGUAUCCAGUCGCUGCUUGCAAAUCCCUGCGCACCAAUUAAAGAUUCUGCCAACCGGAUCCUUGGUGGGCUGGCUGAGUUCGUGGAGUCGUCCACGAUUGCCGGAAAUGAACACCAGGCUGCGUUUAAUUGCAUCAAUACUAUCAUCAUGAGAAUUCUGUUUGGCCAAUCCGAGUUUUCUCGGACUUUCCUGAUGGAUAUGGUUCCAAUAAUCAGGCAGAUGUGGACAACUAAGCUUCCCGCUCUGAAAGAUGAAUUGCUCGUCACGACGAUGCUUUGUGUGAUCAUCUUGACUGAUGCAACCCGAAAAGAACCAUCGGAAUCGCUCGGGCGCUUGAUAAAGGGUCUUCUUAAUACACUACUUUUAGAGUAUACGAGGCGAUCAGAAAAGGAUACACUACAGAUCGACGACUUGAUCUUCUGCCGACAGAUGACCGUGCAUAAAGAUAGGCUCCCAAUGCACCCCCGCAUGGAAAACCCCAAAUCGGAACAUAACUGGACUCUGUUAUGGGCAAUGGCGAAUUUGUUGGAGUUGUCGGAAGACCUAUCUGCGAAGCUAUCGCAUCCUCGCAUUCCGGACGAAGUGUCAAGAAAAAAGCAGCGUAUUACAUCGACGAUGGAUGAUAUUAUUCGUGACUCCACCACCUCAUCUGGAGGAAGAAGGGUUUGCGCAUUACAAUUAAUCCCGUUCCUCACCCGACACUUCUCGGACACGGACACCAUAGAAUCACACCUUCAGCGGCUGGUACCCUGUAUACUGGAUGACAAUGCUGCCGUAUCUUCCUGGACGAUGGUCGCGAUCACAAGUUAUGCGUGUAGUCCGGAGGCUCGUUCGCCUUCCUUGAAGACAUGCUGGCAGCAGGUUUGGGAUCUUACAUCUCGUGCCUCAACCACUCAGUCUACUUCCAGGGCUGCUUGUAACCUCAUGAACUAUAUCCUCCGAAACAGUCUUCUAGAGUACUCUGUCAUCGCAGAAACAACGAGUUCGAUGUUAUCAUCUGUCAACUUGAACAGCCCUUCUACUAUGUCGGAUUCGUCUCUGGGACUCUGGGUGACAAUAUCUCAGAUGACAGCGCAGAUGAACCCGGCCUUCAUCUCAAACGCUUCUAAGCAAAUCUGUGCAUGGCUACGAGAGGUUUGGGUCAUUGGGACAAUGACUGACCGAAUGCAAACCGCCCAGCUUGCUACAUUUGCACGUCCCUUGAAUCUCCUGGGUCUGCUGUUGGCUUGCACUAAUAGGUCAUUUGAUCUGCCAAGUUCUGCAUUCGAUGGUCCGGUCGGCCUUAUUUCUCGAGGAUGGCAUUUCUGCCAUAGGAAUAAGCAACUCAUCAAUUACAUAUUUGACGUGGGAGGGGCUGUAGAUCAUAUCGACCUGUGGGACUCAACAGAAACGUUUUCCUUGGGCCCCUAUACACGACAAGAGCCAAACGACAAUGUCAUCUUGGAUUUGUUGCAAGUCAAGACCGACUUAUUCUUACAGACGUGGCAAUCGGUCACUGAAGGGAAAUCGCACCAUGUAACAGUGGAUAUUGUGCAAAUACUUGCGUCUUCCUGUAUGGUCAUUGCACUCUAUACCGAAUCUCUGCCGCAGAAAUCCACCCCGAGGGUUGAAGGAUUGCAACAGAAAAUCCAACAACUGUGGGAAAGCAUCUGCUCAUUUAUAUCUUCUCGUGAACCCGAAUACGUUCAGGCUUGCUUAAUGCUAUUCUCUUCACUCCUUGGCCCAGAAUGCUUGGUCUCAGAUUCGCAAAGUACAAUCCCCAAAGCCCUCUGCAGACUACUGCCUCCAUUCACCAGCGUUCUCGAAAACCAGCGGCAAAACCAAAAGGAUUGCUUUUCUCGCCAAGGCGAGGUCAUGGAUUUGGAUGAUCCAUUGUCGACCUCCGGGGACCCAUUGGCCGAGACGAAAUCUAUCAUCAAUAUGAACAGAGAAGCGGUUCCAUUGUUUUACGAGUUUGCCACAUUUCAGCGCUGCAUGACCAUCCGAUUCUCCGUGUUUCUGAAUAUACACGCAUCGACAGAAUCAAGCAAUGAAGAUUUAGUCGACUACCUAAUAGACCUUGAUGAAGCCGAUCUUCUGUCUGCUUGGGAUUUUUUACCUCGUGUAUACCAAGUAUGCUCUGGGAUGGAUUACCCUUUGUUACUUAGGCUGCUAGAGGAUCUCGGUGAAAAAUGUCUUCAGUCAUACGAGACGGAGCGAUGCGAGACAUCGCAUCUGCUUUGCAUUCGUAUGAUGCACUGUUUCGUUAAGUCAUGGACCAGUGGGAAAGAUACCCAUCUCCGUGAUUCUGCCUCGGAUCUGUAUAGUUGGUUCACCGAUGUACUACUAGCGAAGGGAAGGGCUUCUUCGCCAGUCCUGACUGCAUUCGCUGAACUUCUAGCAAGCAUCCUCAGUUUCGAUCCCCAUUACACAAGCGGCCAGUCGAGUCCAUCGCCACGCACAAGCCUUUUCACCAUACUUCAGGAUGGCGACAUACCGGUGAAAUUUAGCGCAGGGCAUAUAGUUCCUCAGCUGUUCAACCGGUUCCCACUAACAGACCACGACGCCAUACUUGAUGACGUCCUAGAAAGCCUUCCACGGGAUACUGAUUGGAUUGAAGGAAUCGCCCUCCGUCUCUUUAUCUUGGCACAGCUGGCUUCUCGAUGGCAUACAUUACUUCGAAGGAGCAUUUACCAUAUGUUUGAAACCCCAGCUCGAGCGCCGGGUUCGCUUCUCUACGCAGAAAGAUGCCUGUACGAUGUUGCAAAGGCGCUUGGGCUUCAGAAUGCGAAGGAAUUGUUUCGAUUGUUUUAUUCUCAAGUACUCUACACAUGGAGCGAAACACAGUCGAUCACGGAACUGCCUUACAGUACAUUCGGCUACUCCAGCAUUGAAGACAUGCUGAGCGAUGUUCAAGAUGAAAUAGUCGGCCAAAUCAUGAUGCGCGCCCAGGAUGAAGAAGCCACUGAGAUAUCAAGAUAUAUGGGGAAACCAUUUGUCGAGCUACUGGCGGAUUCCUUUUACAAGGCAGAGGCAUACAGUAUAGCAUGGGACAUCUCGACACCUCCUGGACAAGGCUCUCAGCCCAGAGGCGUGGAGAACAGGCUGAAGGUACAACUUGGGACCGAUAGAUUCCUCGAACUUAUCGACCAGAACUUCCCUCGGAUGAUUGCUGCAUUCUUUGUGUCAAUUGAUCAGCACGAGCAGAUUGAAAAAGCAUUUUCGAAACGAAGCAACUUCCAAGGUGCGCUUAGCGUCAUGAAAAACGUCAUGAAUAAGAGUUCCUCGAAGGCUGUUCUUCCUGUAAACCAACAGCCGUCAUUUCGAGCUCGCUAUCUUGUUGAUGAGCUUGAGUUUCUCUGCAGACGCAGCGGCUACGAACUUGAGACUAUAUGGACCCCCGCACUCGCCUCUUAUGUCUGCCGAAUAUUGCUAGAGUCGAUCCACCCAGCCCUCGGUUCUCUACAUGCAUGUUCGGUCAUUCGGAAAAUUCGCAUCCUGGUCUGCAUGGCUGGCUCCGUUAUGCUGAGCGAUUAUCCCUUUGAAGUGGUAAUUCACGCGAUCCGACCUUACCUGACCGAUGUUCAUUGCUCCGAGGAUGCUUUGGGGAUUCUAUGGUACCUGUUGGAGACAGGGAGGCCCUAUUUGUGGGAGAACCCUGAUUCCAUGGCAGGGAUAGCGGUAUCAACUUUGGUAUCCUUGAAGGCCUUUGCAACCUCUUCGCCGGCAGAACCAAUGCAGGAAAUCCAGUGGGAUGCAAUCUGUUCCAAGAUACAGUCGUUUUUGCUGUGGUUUGAGGAUUAUUUGAACGAUUACAAUCCUCCCGACAUGAGCACCGAAGUUGGUGACACAUUUCGACGUAUGGUGCAAUUUUCUCAGCGAUUACACUCCGAAGACCAAAUUCCGAGCGACUCAUGCGAACGUCACCUGCUUCUUGAACUAUUGACCGACCGCAUUUCGAAAAAGAGCCUAUUGAGUAGUCCGAUUGCUGAUCAUGUAAUAUCACUGCUUUGCUCUGAUUCCAAAGGAGCACUUGGGUUUCGACAUGAUCGAAUUGGCGAGGAUGAGGGCACCGUUUCUAAAGCUAUUGCUGCCUAUCAAACUCUUCAGAAAUUUGAAUCUGGCAAUGAGUAUCGAUUGUGGGCAGCUAGAGCAAUGGGUCGCGCGUUUGCUAUUACUGGUGAAAUCAGCGACGAUCUGCUAAGAGAGCAGGAGCCUGCUUUAUUCACACAGCCCUCUCUGACGGCGGCGGACAUCUUGCAUAAUUCAAAAGCCAGUAUUCUCCAGGUUCUCUGUGAUAUGCUACAAAGAAGCAGUAACUUGGAGGUCGGUCUUGUCGAACGAACGUUGCAGUCUAUUGUCAGCAACCUUGGGCGGUUCCCAGAGCAUGAAAGCUGUGGAGAGGUUAUACCUGGCUUGCUGAUCAAGGCGCUUACCUGGAGCCCUUACCAGUGCCCAUCAAUAACUACUUCCACCGUUCAACAACGAAAACAGGAAGUUGCGGUUGGCUGGGAUCCAAGCAUCCCUCACCCGCAGUGGGCUCGCAACAUCGGGCUGUUCUUGUCCAAGGCAGCUCAGCAGGAUCCUGUAAUCGGCCCACUCGACAGGCUGUUGGAUACCGUCCCUGAAUUUGCCGUCCAUGCGAUGCCUUAUAUCCUGCAUGAUGUGCUUCUGUCAGACCUCCAGGGCGACGUGAAUAUCAGGGAAAUAAUCUCUGAGAUCUUCAAACAAGGUCUGCGCGAGGUGAAUGAUAGAACCAUACCCCACGCUCGGCUUGUCAUCAAUUGCAUCCUUUACCUCCGAAACCAGCCAAGGCCAGGUGAGGCAACGAUAAGGGAGCGAGACGAAUGGCUCGAUAUAGAUUUUGCGGAAGCGUCAGCGGCUGCUAAUCGAUGUCGCUUGCCAAAGACAGCAUUGCUUUUCCUCGAAAUCCAAGCUUCUCGUGCGAUUACUGAAUCUCGUCGAUCAUCUGUAGCCAGAUACGAGGCUCCUCCGGACAUGCUUCAUGGAAUAUUCAAAAACAUAGAUGAUCCAGAUCUGUUCUAUGGCGUUGAACACAACUCCUCGUUAUCCUCCGUCAUGGAGCGGCUUGAACACGAAAGCUCUGGCUUCAAAAAUCUCCUAUUCCAAAGUGCGCAGUAUGACAGUGAUAUACAGAUGUCAGGAAGUGCGAACGCCCAUGGUGUUCUCAAGGCUCUCAAUUCCACUAAUCUUCAAGGGCUUGCCAGCUCUGUAUUCUCCGCACCCGGAGGCACGCAAGACACGUCCUCUGGAUUUGAAAAUAUGUUGCAGGCUGCAACAAGCUUGCGGAAGUGGGAUAUACCUGUAUCAUCCUUGGAUCCAUCAUCGUCUGCUACCGUUUUUCGGGCCUUCCAGAAUCUGAAUACAUCCGGAACUUUAUCUGAAGUGUCCGCCUCGGUGGACGAGUGUCUCUUGUCGACUCUGGGAUUAUUGACGAGCUCUAGCCGAUCCGCCAUGACCUUACGGACUGCUAUGCGAGUUCUGGGUGUAAUGACUGAGAUCAACGAUGUCUUGAGUGCUCGAUCGGCUCAAGAGGUCUAUGCCGAGUGGGAAAAGAUCUCAGCCAGGAAUUCCUGGCUAAAAACAGCGAGUGAAAAUGAGGUUGGUGAAAUAUUGAAUUGCCAGGAGGCCCUGUUUUCGUCGAUCAAGCAAAAGGCGUACCUCAAAUCUUCCAUCGAUAUCGGCGAUCGCGAUGCGCAACUUCUGGAAGUGAAAGUCAUUCGCCAGUCUCUUGCAGUUACAAGGAGUCAUGGAAUUCCGCAGGCCUCGCUGAAAUCAGCCGUCUGCCUGUCCAAAUUAUCUCAACAGUGUAUGUUGCAGGAUAUUAAUGUCGAAGGAGCUGUCAAAUUUGACCUGGCCAACGUUCUGUGGGACCAAGGCGAGAUGACAGCAUCUAUUCAGAUGCUCCAACAGCUUAAGAACCAGAACGAUCUUCACAAACAAGCAAUUCCAAUCAGUCGUGCUGAGCUUCUUGUGACACUGGGAACGCAUGUCGCAGAGGCGCGACUAGAAAAGCCGGAGUACAUUAUCCAAGAGUAUCUCUCAAGUGCCGUCAAGGAGUUGAAGAAUCGUGCCUCUGGAGGUGAGGAGGCCGGGCGUGUCUACCACGGAUUUGCGAUGUUUUGCGACCAGCAGUUGCAAAAUCCCGAUGGAUUGGAAGAUUUCAAGCGGGUCGAACAACUUCGAAACCGAAAAGAAAAAGAAAUCCAAGCCCUGGAAGACAUGAUGAAAAAUGCCGAGGGAAAGGAAAGGGAGGUGCUCAAAUUCCAUCGCAUCAAAACCAAACAGUGGUUUGAUCUUGACGAUCGAGAAUACCAGCGGUUGCGACGGAGCCGAGAAGCCUUUCUACAGCAGUGUCUCGAAAACUAUCUUCUUUGCCUUCAAGAAAGCGAAGCCCACAACAACGAUACACUCCGGUUUCUUGCAAUAUGGCUGGACAAUUCUGACAAUGAGAUCGCGAAUGCGGCGGUGUCAAAGUACAUCGACCAAGUCCCGAGUCGCAAGUUCGCGCCCCUUAUGAGCCAACUAACGUCCCGCUUGUUGGAUGUCUCAGAUGACUUCCAGAAGAUGCUUUCUACUCUGAUCUUUCGGAUCUGCGUAGAGCAUCCGUUCCACGGCAUGUACCAGAUAUUCGCGAGCAGCAAGUCCAAGGGCGGCAAGGACCAUUCCGCCUUGUCGCGCAACCGAGCAGCAGGCAAACUGGUUGAAUACUUGAAGAACGACAAACGCAUAGGGCCGACUUGGGUUGCUGUGCACAACUCUAACAUCAAUUACGUCCGAUUCGCCAUCGACAGGCCCGAUGAAAAGAUGAAGAGUGGCGCGAGGUUGGCUUUGAGAAAACUGGGGACAGGCCAGCGCCUCGAGCAAGACGCCGCGACCCAAAGACUGCCUCCGCCGACGAUGAAUAUCGAUAUCCGCGCUGAUUGUGACUAUAGCGAUGUGCCUAAGCUCGUCCGGUAUCACCCUGAGUUCACAGUAGCGUCGGGUGUCAGCGCACCGAAGAUAGUCACGGCUGUUGCGAGUAAUGGGAUCCGCUACAAGCAGCUGUUCAAGGGAGGUAACGACGACUUGCGGCAAGAUGCGAUCAUGGAACAAGUAUUCGAGCAAGUUAGCAGUCUUCUCAAGGACCACCAGGCCACUCGCCAACGGAACCUGGGCAUCCGCACUUAUAAGGUGCUCCCCCUCACAUCUAACGCCGGCAUUAUCGAAUUCGUGCCCCAUACCAUUCCGCUGCAUGACUACCUGAUACCUGCGCACCAAAAAUACUUCCCGAAGGAUAUGAAACCCAAUGCUUGCCGAAAGCACAUCGCUGAUGUCCAGACCCGGUCGUUUGAACAACGUGUGCGGACAUACCGCCAAGUGACGGAGCAUUUCCAUCCCGUGAUGAAGUACUUCUUCAUGGAGAAGUUCAACAACCCAGACGACUGGUUCGGCAAGAGACUCUCGUACACGCGAAGCACAGCGGCAAUUUCGAUACUGGGCCAUGUUCUGGGCCUUGGAGAUCGACACGGUCAUAACAUCCUGCUUGACGAACGAACCGGCGAGGUUGUUCAUAUUGAUCUGGGCGUGGCGUUUGAGCAAGGCCGAGUGCUACCUGUUCCGGAAGUCGUACCAUUCCGUCUGACGCGUGACCUGGUCGACGGAAUGGGCAUUACGAGAACUGAAGGAGUGUUUCGGCGAUGCUGCGAAUUUACGCUGGAGGCCCUUCGACAGGAGUCCUAUAGCAUCAUGACCAUCCUUGACGUGCUGCGAUACGACCCGCUCUACAGCUGGACUGUGUCUCCCCUGCGAAUCAAGAAGAUGCAAGACGCUCAGGCGGCUGGUGACGGGCCUCCCGUACUCCCUGGAGCGGUAGAUCAGCGCUCAGCCAACGAACCCAGCGAGGCAGAUCGCGCGCUGACAGUCGUGGCAAAGAAACUGAGCAAGACAUUGAGUGUAACGGCCACGGUCAACGAACUUAUUCAACAGGCCACCGACGAGAAGAAUCUCGCUGUUCUCUAUUGCGGCUGGGCCGCAUAUGCGUGAUAUCCUCUCUUAUACACUACUGCAAAUAUAGACGCGUUAUGAAUGUAUCUUGAUUUCUGAACUUUGACAUCCCACAAUCUAAUGGCGAUAUACUCACU